GUUCAUCGAGUAAUCCUUUGAAGACAUAAAAUGUGAAUGGCACUUUUUUUCUCAGCAAAUCUAUCGAAAUGAUAAGAUCAUAAGCAAUUCGUGAUAUUAGCUGCGUUUAUGCUGUAUGUGCGGCUUUGUACCUCAUAAUGUACUCUAUGGAGAUCCUGCUGCAGGUAGGUAGGGGUAGCCAUCGGUAAAAUAGGAUUAAUUAAAAGGAUAACCUGAUUGGAUGGCGAGCUGGGCGAAUCUCACAGUAGUCUCCAGUCUUUGCAAUCGCUUUAGAGAUCUGGGUACGGGGCGAAAGACGCCAGUGCUGGACGUCCGCGCACGUUUGCGGUCGCACAGACGUCGUGAUCAUUUGGGGACUCUUACUAUGGGUCUACAAAAUCAGGUCCUGGUGGAUUAUGCUUUGGAGUACAAGCUUUAGAUGCAAAAGGCCGUUUUUAGCAAAACCCUAAGCGCUCUGUGAAACAAAAAUGUCUUUGCCAAAUGUAAUUACGGAUCAAGCUUCCAGAGACUUCCAAGCAGAAGUUAAGACUUUAGGAUACGGGGACUAUGACUCCGCGCAACCAGGAGCAUCACAGGAAAGUGGCGAUGUUCCGGUUACGAGUGAUCGGCCGACCGGAGUUUGCUGCGAAGAGAGUAGCCGCAGGCUGUGUACGAUGGAUAGUAGCGCGAGUGAGCAGAGCCUAGAUGAUGACAGCGAUGGCAGGUAUGACAUGACGCCCGUGAUGGAUAAAAGGAUGUGUGCAUCCAGCAUUAAAACUGAGCCGGGUAAAAAAAUCAAGGAGCAUAAGGUCCUCAGGCUGAACAUCAACGCUCGGGAGAGAAGGAGGAUGCACGACCUGAACGAGGCGCUGGACGAGCUGCGCUCGGUGAUCCCGUACGCGCACAGCCCGUCCGUUCGCAAACUCUCCAAAAUCGCCACUUUACUGCUGGCCAAAAAUUACAUAUUGAUGCAGGCUCAGGCGCUGGAAGAAAUGAGACAAUUGGUGGCAUAUUUCAACCAAGGACAAACCCUUUCUUCGGUGCAUCUGUCUGCUGUUGUCGCACCAGCCCCAGGUGCCUGUCCAGCUUACCCCAUCCCCGCCGGCGCCGCUGCUUCCUCCUGCCCCGACAAACUGGUUUUGUUCAACAGAGUCCCAUUUAGCUUCUAUAAGCAGGGCAAGUCUUAAAUAAUGCGCUCACAAAGUACCAGCCUCACUUUGUAAAAGCAGCAAUUCCUGCUAAAACAUUCAUCGUUUUAAAGAGGGUUUAGCGGUAAAAGGUGCGGGAAACACCUUUAAUCAUUAAUGUAUUUUUUUCUCGUAUCAUAUUUUGAAACUAUUUUUAAGUGUGAAUAUUAUUUUCAGUCUUCGUGGUGAUUUUUUUGGUUUACUGGAGAAACUUGAUAGAUAUAGGUAAAGAACGUCGUUUAUUUAAUUUGACGAGAAACGAUGUUCAUUUUAACUUCAUUCGUGUAAACCAGUGUUUACCAACCCGGUUCUCCGGGAUUCACAGACAGUCCACAUUUUUUCUAACGUGACGUUUUGACUACAUUGUCUGAACAAAGCUGUGAUAUGUUUAUUAUUAGACUUUAUGUCAUAGUGUGGUUGCAUUGAGCUGUUUGUACAAUGUUGGUGUGUUGAAAAGCCCUAAUAAAAUAUUUUGAAUACAA